AUGAGUAAUAGCCUAACAAAGCAAGGAGAAUUGGAAGAAGUCAAAAAUAAAGCAAUUGCCGAAAUAAAGAUUAAACUGGAGAAAGCGUUACCAGCAAUUAUUAUUGCUCCCAUUGGCACUACCGCCGAUGAAGAAAGCAAAGAGGACAGAAUCAAAAGAGAAAAAGAAAUAGAAUUAAACAAAAAAGCAAGAAAAAAAUCACGAGAAAUAUUAUUAAAUCACUUAAGUGAAAAUUGUCAAACAAAUUCUUAUAAACCUCCUAAAUUACAAGAAUUAAGUGAUGAAAUUAUUAAGUUCAUGGAGGGCAAAAAAAAGUUAGAAGAGGAUUUGAAGAAUAUAUCAAAGAAAAAAAUUAGGAAACUGAGGAACAAGAGAAUUAACGAUUCUAGAGUCAAAAACGUUGAAGAUUCUACAGAAAAUAUUA